AUGACUUGGGAGGACGACUUCAGAAGGAGUUGUGCACUUUUUCAGCAGCGCAAACACGAGGCGGCUUUGAAACCUUUCAACAAAGCAGCCCGUGAAAAUAAGACGAAUAGUUCCAUUUUCUACCUAAGGUCUCUCGUAUUACGAUGGUUAGGUCGAUAUCUCGAAUCAUUGAGGGACGUCCAGAAGGCCAUCGACCUCAUGCCAGAGUCAGAGUCAUGGAAGGCAUAUAGGCAUUCUGCUGCAAUUCUUCUACAGAUAGGCAGACUUGAAGAGUCUCUGAAAAUGGUAGAUCUGGCUCUAGAGCGUGCUGACGAGAACGCCAAGAAAAUUGCAAAAAUAGUGGAGCUACGGGAGCAAAUAGUGAAGGCGCUUGAACCACGAGCAUGCCAUUUCUCAAAGCUACCAGUGGAGAUAAAUACCGAAAUAUUCGCGCUCGUCAUCGAUGGUGACAAUGCAAACAUGCUCGCUCUCACUCUUGUUUGCCGAGCUUGGCGAGACAUCAUCAACGGGUCGUCGCGCUUUUGGCGUAAACUCGUUGUGACGCCAAAGACGAGGCGGAAACAGGCAGAUACUUGGCUCCAACGUUCAGGGGGGACAUUGACUACUCUGCUUAUUACUGGAGGACUUUCUUGUAGUGCCCGACCCGGUAUUUUUAGGGAGGCUGAACCGACCAUAUGGUCGGAACUCAACACGCUUAAAUUCACCUCCCAGAAGAGCUAUGACAUUUCAUCUCUUCCUCACGGGGCGGCCGAUCAAUUGAAACUCGUAAAGCUUGAGCUGCUUAUUGGCAAGCUAACCAACGGUACCUUGCAAGCCCUUAACAGGAUGGACAAAUCACGUCUCAAAGAGCUGGUACUACGUUCUGAGUCUACCGUUUUACCCACGAUCGACCUCUUCCUCCCUUUCCCGUCCUUAACGACUCUCGAACUGUGCUUUCCAUUCUCGGCAAAGUAUACUCUCUCAUUUUUGAAGGGAACACCAAUGCUUCAGUGUCUGAUCCUCACAUCGCCGUGGUGCGGAUACUUUAGUGUAGAGCAAAUCGAUCCCGUUGAACUCGUCCAUCUCAGACACCUGAUGCUCAAUUAUUUCUGGUACACGAACGAGUGUCUGCAAUACAUCCACUCUCCAAACGUCAGACUGCUCACAAUACGACACGUCCGUAAAAAAGCGUUAGCAAUACCGCAAUAUCUAACAAAGCUUGAACGUCUUUGCCUUGAAUGCUGCAUCCUCCCUACGGCCGACUUCGUCUCUCUUUUGCGACUAGCAGCAUCACUUCAAGUAUUGCAGAUUCCACGGUGCAGCUUCCACGGUGGCAAUGAAAAUGCUGUUGUUAGAGCAUUGCCGAGACCGAUACCAACAGAGGAGAAACAGUGUGCAUCUCGGAUGCUCUGCUGCCCGAAGUUACAAUGUGUAGUUCUUUCUGGACUCCAUUGUUUAAAAGCAGAUCCGGUAGUUGAACUUGUGAAGGCGCGUCUCCCCAGUGCACGGUCCUCAGAUAGUGAGCUCUUAUCUCCGUGUUCACCAAAAGAGUCGCCGGUCAUACCACUUCACAUCGUUUUCUUGAACCUUGACGGCUGCCCGAUAUUUGACCCGAGUGCAUUACUUUGGCUCAAAGCUGCCGUAUCGUGUUUUAGCUAUAGGAGGUAG